AUGGCAACACAAACUAGUCAUGUCUCCCACGAUCAAGAUAAUAAAUAUCUAGAAAAUCACUGCACAAAGAGAAACAGAGAUGCAAAGAAGCAAUUGAUCCAGAAGGAUGUCAGUGAACUUGGCCAAAAUCCAGACGAUGGACUGCUAGUUACACAUAUUAAUCAGACACAAGACUUACUGAGGCUACAAGAAUGGGAGAUCCAGCCCUCAGCAUGGGAUGAUGCACAUGAUUGGCUUUCAACUCACAGUUUAAAGUUUGAGAAGCUCACCUUGGCUGACCUGAUCUGUCAGGGCACAGCUGUGCUGGAGGACAGCAGUGCCGUGAAGAAAAUGCAGUUCUCACCCCAGAUCAUCCGCCAGUUCGAAGCAAAGCUUUCUGAAGCUAUAGGACUUUAUCAACAGAGAAUUCAGUGGCUUACAGAAAACAGCAAAAAGGCAUUUGGCCUCAUCAAGGGGGCCAGAGUCGGUGUUCUCAUUGAUGUGUCGGCCAUCAGCAGUAGCCCUAGGAAUGAAGAAUUUCAAAAUGACCUCAUGAGCCUGAUUGAUGAGCAGCUGAGUCGCAAGGAGAAGCUGUACGUCCUGUCCUUUGGCACCACCAUCAGACCCCUCUGGCCAGACCCCGUGGACGUCAGCACCUCCAUCCUACAGGAAUUCAAGCUCUGGGUAAAGCACCUGCAGCCUGAUGGAGGCAGCAAUCUGCUGCAAGCCCUGAAGAAAACCUUUGCUCUAAAAGGGCUGGAUUCCUUAGUGACCAUAUUAGGAAGCUGCCCAGAUCAGCCUGCUGAAAUCCUGUCUGACUAUAUCCAACAGUCCACCAUGGGAAGGGACCUCCACACCCACAUCAUCACCUACAAAUGCGACGAUCAGGUGCCCCCUGCUGUCCUGAAGAACUUUGCGGAAGCUGUUGGGGGCCACUAUCACUGCUACACCCUAGAGACGGAGAUCUGCACCAGCCCAGACAUUGACCAGCUACUGGUGGAAAUCCAGAAGGCCCAGAGCCUCCUGGGCCACAUCCAAGCUCUGUGCUACAGUGCCCCCAGUGAGGAGCUGACAGGCAUCAUGAAGGAGAUUUCUACAGAAAUUGCACAAGGGCCCCUCAGAAGUCUCUUGCCUAAACCCCCAAAGCAUGAAGCCCCCCUCACAAUUGAGUUCCCAAACUUGGACAAGACUUCUGCAGAAUGGCUAAAGGACAAUGGCCUAAAAGCGAAGAAGCUAAGCCUUUAUCAGGUUCUGGCACCCAACGCAUUCUCUCCCAUUGAGGAAUUUGUGCCUGUUCUCCAGAAAAUGGUAUCAUCAACUGUCCAUGAGAAGGCAAUGGUACAAUUUCAAUGGCAUGAUGGGACAGUGAAGAAUGUUCAUGUGGACCUGCCCUUCCUCUAUGAGUACCAGAAACAGCUCAGCAGAGUUAUUCGGAUGUACGAGAGGCGGAUCGAAUGGCUCUCAUUGGCCAGCAGAAGAAUCUGGGGCACCGUCUGUGAAAAAAGGGUGGUUAUACUGCUCGAUAUCUCUGCGACCAAUUCCAUGUACAUUAUUCAUAUCCAGCAUUCCCUGCGACUUCUGCUGGAGGAGCAACUGUCCAACAAGGACGCUUUCAAUGUCAUUGCGUUUGGAAGCUCAAUCGAAAGCUGGAGGCCCAAGAUGGUUUCCAUGAGCCACGACAAUUUACAAAGUGCUUGGCAGUGGGCCCUGACCCUGAAGUGUCAGGGCAGCAGGAACAUCCUCAGCGCCUUGCGGAAGGCUGUGGAAGUGGAUUUCAAGGACAGAGACAAACAGCAAUCUCAGGGCAUCUACCUUUUCACAGGGGGCAUUCCGGAUCAGGACAUGUCCAUGCUCAGUGCCUACAUGACCGAGGCCUGUGGGGGCUGCGACCUCCAGCUGAAUGUGUGUCUCUUCUAUGUGGGUGAGCCACAGAUGGACAUCACUCCCCCUGCCUGCUAUGCCAGCCGCACCGACACAGCCACUGCCUACCGAGAGCUCACCCAGGCUGCUGGUGGCCGCUUCCACUGGUUUGGAGACACAGGCAUUUACGAAAGUGAUGACAUCAACACCAUCAUGUCUGAGCUGGAAAAAGCCCUCAACUAUUCUCAAAAGUGUGCCUUACUAGUGUCCUCCCUGAAGAACCAGUCCAGGAAAGACCUCGAAAGUGCAUCCCUCCCAAAAGAAAAGCCAAAGAUGCUCAAGCAAAGAAGUCAGCCCAAGAAACUCUGAAAGACCACAGCCCCCUCGGCGGUCAGAAUGAGCACUAGAGAUGACCCUGAUGGAGAGAGAAGUCCCAUAUUGAAAGCUCUGGUAUGGCGGCCACUCAGUGGCAAAGUGAGCACCCCACCAGCUGCAGCUCAGUUGGCCAGAGAGGACACUGCAGAGUGGAAGAGGAAGACCCAGGCGAGGGAAGCAGAAAUGUCUCUCUCACUGUUUUAUACAGAGACUGGGAAUAACGUGGGCUCAGUGUACAGGAAGUACCCCCGAGGAAGAAGCCUAAGAAGGGUUAGCUCUUCGAUUGAGCUGCCCAGAAAGGAUACAGUCUGCUCAAGUGAAGAGUGGGUAGCAAAUUACGGACUAAAAAAACUGAAGAUGGGGAUCUCCAGCCUCAUCGGUCCCAAAUGCGCUCAUCAAAAGUCAGUACAGAGGCUGGCAGCAGUCAAAUACUGCAGCAUCUUCCCCAGCAUAGAAGUCAAUGGGAUGGUGAGACACAUUCAGUGGACACCUAGGGAAAUUGAAGUGUACAUCACAUGCCUAAAGAAGGUGAUGAGACGCUAUGUCCAGAGGCUGCAGUGGCUGCUGUCUGGGAGCCGCCGACUGUUUGGCACCAUUUUGGAGAAAAGAGUGUGCAUCCUGCUGGACACCUCAGGGUCUAUGGGCCCCUACCUGCAAAAGGUGAAGACAGAGCUGAUUCUACUGAUUUGGGAGCAGCUGAGGAAGCACUGUGACAGUUUUAACCUGAUCAGCUUUUCUGAGGACCCACAACUGUGGCAGGACACUCUGGUGGAGACCUCAGACACAGCAUGUCACCAGGCCAUGCAGUGGGUGACCCACCUCCGUGCUCAGGGAAGCACCUCAGUCUUACAAGCAUUACUGAAAGCUUUCAGUUUCCGUGAUGUGGAAGGAUUAUAUCUCCUGACUGAUGGAAAGCCAGACACAAGCUGCAGCUUUAUUCUCAGUGAAGUGCAAAGACUCAAGGAGGAGCGCAAUGUGAAAAUACACACCAUUUCCCUGAGCUGCAUGGGCAGGGUGGAAGCUAACUUCCUGAGAAAUCUGGCCUCCCUCACUGGGGGGCGCUAUCACUGCCUUGUUGAUGAUGACCUGCUCUUCCAAAUUCUCCGCCUGCUGACCAAGGGCUUCAUGGAUGAAAGGGACUCCAUGUUGCCAUCAUUUGAAGGAGAUGAUUUAAAGAGAUUGGCCCAGGAGAUCACUAAAGCCAGAACCUUCCUCUGGCAGGCCCAGUCAUUCAGGUCCCAGUUCCAGAAGAAAAACAAUACAUAACAAAGGUCAUGUGAUUAUUUUGUAGAGAAGUCAUCUCAGGUAAGGGGAUGGACUCCCCAUCCUUUGAGUGUUCACUAAGGGCCAGGAAGCAUGCUCUGUUUUGUGGAUAGUAGUAUCUAUUAGAAGGGAUCAAAAAUAGUGAUUCCUCUAAACAGAAAGACCAUCCUACA